AUGACAAAAGAUAAGGUCACCGGGACCUUGCUUUUCACUGUCUUCACUACCAUGCUGGGCUCCUUUCAGUUUGGAUAUGACAUUGGUGUCAUCAACGCACCUCAAAAGAUCAUAAUAUCCCAUUAUAGAAGUGUUUUGGGUGUCCCACUGGAUGACCGAAAAGCUAUCAACAUUGAUGCUACCAACAACACAAAUGAAUUGCCUACAACUCCAAACCCUGAAAAUCCAACAUCGACCUCCUGGGCUGAGGAAGAGAUUGUGGCCACCCAGCACCUGGCUGUCACUCUCUGGUCACUGUCUGUGUCCAUCUUUGCAAUUGGUGGAAUGAUCGCAUCAUUCUUUGGUGGGUGGCUUGGGGACCGACUUGGAAGAAUCAAAGCCAUGUUGGUAGCAAACAUUCUCUCAUUAGCUGGAGCUCUCUUGAUGGGGUUUUCAAAAUUUGGCCCAUCUCACAUAUUUAUAAUUUCAGGAAGAGCCAUAUCAGGACUCUACUGUGGGCUCGUUUCAGGCUUGGUUCCCAUGUACAUUGGUGAAAUCGCUCCAACCACACUCAGGGGUGCUCUGGGUGCACUUCACCAGCUGGCCAUUGUCACAGGCAUUCUUAUUAGUCAAAUUGUCGGCCUGGAGUUUAUCCUGGGCAGUCAGGAACACUGGCACAUCCUGCUGGGUCUGUCCGCUCUGCCAGCUGUGCUCCAGUCUCUGUUGUUUUUCUUCUGUCCAGAAAGCCCCAGAUACCUUUACAUUAAGUUGGAGGAAGAAGAGAAAGCUAAGAAAAGCUUGAAAAGACUAAGAGGCAGCGCUGAUAUCUCCAAAGACAUCGCUGAGAUGAGAAAAGAACGAGAUGAAGCAGUAAGGGAACAGAAAGUCUCCAUACUUCAGCUCUUCACUAAUUCCAGUUACCGGCAGCCUACUCUAGUGGCACUGAUGCUACACAUGGCUCAGCAAUUUUCCGGAAUCAAUGCUAUUUUCUACUAUUCAACUGACAUUUUUCAGAAGGCUGGAAUCAGUAAACCUGUUUAUGCAACCAUUGGAGUUGGUGUUGUCAACACACUUUUCACUGUUCUCUCCGUAUUCCUUGUGGAGAAGGCAGGGCGCCGUUCUCUGUUUCUAACCGGAAUGAGUGGGAUGUUUUUCUGUGCCAUUUUCAUGUCAGUGGGACUCAUACUACUGAAUAAAUUGGCUUGGAUGAGUUAUGUGAGCAUGGUAGCCAUCUUCCUCUUUGUCAGUUUUUUUGAAAUCGGGCCAGGCCCCAUUCCCUGGUUCAUGGUGGCAGAGUUUUUCAGUCAAGGACCACGACCUGCUGCUUUAGCACUAGCUGCAUUCAGCAACUGGACCUGCAACUUCAUUGUCGCUCUGUGUUUCCCCUACAUUGCAGACUUCACUGGACCUUAUGUGUUUUUCCUUUUUGCUGGAGUGGUCCUGGUCUUUACGCUGUUUACAUUUUUCAAAGUUCCAGAAACGAAAGGAAAGUCCUUUGAGGAAAUUGCAGCAGAAUUCAGAAAGAAGAAAGGCUCAGCCCCAGCAACAAAAGCUGCGGUAGAAAUGAAGUUCCUUGGAUCUGCAGAGACUGCGUAA